CCCAUUUGACACAUUUCAAAAUGUUGAACUUCAAAGACCGUUAUAAAAUGAAUGUAUUUAAAUUAUCGUGAAUUAGACGCUGAUAUCAUAAUCAUAGGUGCUGAUAUAGCUGGACUCAGUGCUGCAUAUCUUCUCCUGGAGAAAGAUCCACACAUAGACUUUUUAAUAAUAGAUGUAGAUGAUAAAUUGGAUUUCUCCAAGAAGCAAUACUCAUCUCUAUGGAAUCUGAAAUGGGCAAAUAAUACGAAAAAUAAAAAGAAAACCAAAUUUGCUGAUGAUCCUCUUCAACUAGACUAUCAAUUUGUUUUUUCAAAGCAAACGAAUUUAGUGAACCUAUUACACAAACUGGAUAUUCAAAUAAUCGAAAAAGAUAAAAUGUUGGGCAAAAUUCUGAUCGAUUAUGAUAAGGUUUACGAAGUUUCAACAAAAGAAAACAUUUUGGAUUUACUGAAUUUUCAUGAGCGAACUAUUUUGAGUUCCUUCUGCAAACAGAUAAACUAUUUAGCAAUGACAUUUUCCUUUGGUAAACGUAACACACUAUCAGAUUUCGAUGACAUUAGUAUGAAUAUUUUGUUGAAUAGACUAAUUUCUUCGAAGAAAGUGCGUGAUUUGAUAACGCAAACAUUUCUCUACAACUCAGGGCUGCAACCAAAGGAUGUUUCCGCAUCUUUUUUCCUUGCGUACUGUAAUUCCACUCAAGGAAUACAAACCCAGUUUAUUUGGAACGAAAAAGGAUUUCAUCAAUUUUAUAUUGGAGGUGGCGUGAAGAAUAUAAGAAGCAAAAUGAUAGACGUGAUUGGAGAAGAAUCGAUACUUAAAGUUUCAGAAAUAACAGAAAUAUCCUGGGAUGAUUUUAGCGCGGGAAUAAGGACACCUCACGAUUAUUUUUUCGCUAAUAAAAUAGUUUUCACGUUGAACGAAAAUGAAACGAAAAAUAUCACUUUCGUCCCACCGCUGUCUGAUGAAAAACAAAUAAUUGCCAACAAUUUAAUAAAAGGAAAGCUAAAGAAAUUCAUAGUAAAUUAUACCAAGCCGUUUUGGGUGAACAAGGGACUUUCUGGGGAUGCUUAUGUAUUCAAUACAGAUGGAAGAAACGGACCACUUCAUGUUUGUCUGAAUGUCUCGAAGGUAACCGAUAAUAAUUACACUUUGGCGGGUCUAACGGAAGAGGACAGUGACAAAACGGAGAUAUUGAAUCAACUUGUGAUGUAUUUCGGCGAUGAAGCUGCAAAUCCUGAAAGUUAUUUUGAGAAUUCGAGCUCAUUUCACGAAUUGGGUUUUCCCUACGGCUGUAAAAGCAUGAAAUAUUUCGAAAAUAUUCAGAGAACCACAGAAAGAAUAGUUUGGGCUAGUCCUGAGACCACAACAAACUGGUAUGGUACUGCUGCAGGUUCAAUCGAGGCAGGAUAUAAAGGGGCAAUUAGAGCCCUACAAGAGGCUAAGCCGAAUACUCUCACUUUGGACGACUUGAAUAUUGUCAGUCCGAAUGAAGUAUAUAUACCUCCAAGAGCUACAGGAUUUUUUGGAAUUCAGUGGCAUAUUUUUAUUCCUACUCUAUUACUUAUAGUUUAUGGUGUUGUGAAGGUUAGGAGGUAUUUUGCAAAAAAACUGUUGAAAUAAAACUAUGUAUUUUA